AUGGGCGACAAUUCGCUACAUGAGGCGUGUAUGAACGGUGACUACGCGCGGGCGGUUGCUCUAUUGAGCGAUAACCCCGGGUUGGUGCGCUCGAAGGACGCGGACAGUCGGUACCCCCUUCACUGGGCGGUCUCGUAUCAACAUGUGAAGAUUGUGGAGUUGCUGUUGUCGUACAUGCUCCAGGUGGACCUAGACACAUUGGUAGACGACGCACUGUGGUCACCGGUCCAUGUGGCUGCGGCGGUGGGCAACAGAGAGCUGUUCGGUAAAUUGCUUGCGCACGCGGUGCAACCAUCGCUGGAUGCUGCGACGAGCCAGGGCACAACUGCACUGCACCUUGCAUGCUCCAAGCAGCACUAUGCAGUGGUGGAGGAUCUGAUUACGCAUGGCGCGUCGGUGCGCAAGAAGGACAAGAAGCAGCAGCUGCCGCUUCACCGCGCAUGCGCGAUUGGGUCAGCCAGGCUGGUAAAGCUGUUGUGUGACGCGCGUUCCCCAGUGAAUGCAAAGGAUGCCAAUGGGUGGCCCCCGCUGUUCCACGCGUUGUCCGAGGGGCACGCAGACAUUGCGCUUCUUCUAGUGAACGACUACGGGGCGGAAUGGGAGAACGUGGAAAGCGCUGCAGGCGAAACAGCGCUGCAGGUUGCUGUUGACGACAAUGUUAGAGACUACUUUGUCAAGAACAUUAACUAG